CUUGUCCUCCGCCACUUUGUAAGCUUUACCCAAAACCAGAAGGAAAUCACUGAACACCACCUUUAUCCCAAAGGCCAAAGGGCACGUCAUCGAUUUCUUUCGCUCGAUUUCCCGGCGAAAUGAAGGCUUGGGUAUAUGGGUAAUACGACGGUGUCGAUGUUUUGAAGUUUGAUGAGAAAGUGGGCGUUCCAUAAGUGAAGGAAUAUCAGAUUUUGAUACAAGUGGUUGAUGCAAAGCGAAGGCAGGGCAAGUUUAAGGCUACCGAUUCUCCUCUUCCGUCCCUUUUUCAAGUUAAAGAUUUCUUUUUCUGGUUUUUUUUGGGUGAGGAAACUCGUGUGACAAAGAAAGAGCAAUGGAUCUGUUGAAUCAGUUGGAAACUAUUUUGGAAUCUGAUCCUCUCAUUGAUGAAGUAGGGCUUAUUCACCCAUCUCAGUUUGUCACACUCAGCAACGAGUGUGGUGAAUCCGGUAAUUCGUCUGUGGAUGAUGCUUUUGGACCAACAGAUACAAAAUUUUGGAAUAGAGAUCAUAAGUUGGGCAUUUCCACUGAGGUUCUUCUUCCUUUGUGUAAAGCUGCAAAAAGUGCAUUCAUGGAUGCGAUGAAACAAUAUAAGAUGCAUAGCAACUUAUCGGAUGAUAAGCAUGAGGAUGAGAACAUCGUUAUUGACUCUUUAUUGUCUUGCCAAUCUUUCGAACACGAAGUCAUGAAGCACAGCAGGGCACUUUUAUUGUUAAGUUGUGAUUUUGGCACUGCAUGGAAUGCCAGGAAGCUACUUGUGUUGAAGAAGCCGCAGCUGUCAGUGUUUACAGAUGAACUUUUUUUGUCCACUCUUGUUCUCUCUUAUUCACCUAAAAGCGAACAAGCAUGGAGUCAUAGGCGAUGGGUGAUCAAGAUGAUUGCUGGGAACUGUUUAAAUCUUCAACAGAUUGUAGCAAAAGAAUCCGAGCUCGUCAAAAAAAUAGCUGAGAGAUCAAAAAUGAACUAUCGAGCCUGGAAUCAUCGCUGCUGGUUAGUUUCCUACAUGACAAGAGAACAGAUGCUUCACGAGUUAAAGAGAUCCAGAGAUUGGGCUGGAUUACAUGUUGCCGAUAAUUCAUGUUUUCACUAUCGUAGACUGCUAAUACUCAGGAUUAUAGAGAGUAAACCGAAUAAACAAGAUGGCAACUUUUCUUAUGAUGUGGAAAAAUAUCAAGUCUUGAAGGAGGAACUUGAGUUGAAUGAAGUUUUAAUAAAGCGGUACAUUGGGCGAGAGGCUCUCUGGCUUCAUCGUCGUUUCCUGUCCCUAUGUUGGAUACGACACUUGACAACCAUGUGUGGUAUUUCAUGCCAUUCUGAGCAGAAAACCAGCGUGGAUAAUGAAAUCAAUAUAUUUUUGGAUAAAGAAUUUUGUCUCCUGGAUUCCUGCUCGUUGAUACAAGAUACAGAAUUUGAGGAUUUCAAAGCACAAGCGAUGUAUUCGGCAGUUUACUUUGUGUGGCUGAUAAAGAAAAUUCCUCAAUUUAGGAAGAUUGAAAUGCACGAGAAGCUAAAAGUAGGAAACUUGAAGAACAUACUGCAUAAGACAUGUUCGGAAAGAUCUUUCCUUCUGGAUAUUUUGGAAGAGAGGUAAUUAUUACCUCUUUUAGAA